CCCACUGAUCCUAAUAUGGAAUUCGGCAGGAAACCCAUGAUUUCCUGACACACAGCAAGCUGGAGAAAGAAAGGAAAAACUCCAUUAAAAACCUCCAGACUCUCCUCCAUGUUAGAAGUGAAAUGGAAAAUGGGGUGGAUUUAACAGGAAUCCCUGGUUCCUGCGGCCAGGCUGGAGGAAGAGAGACGCGGAUCGAAGCCGCAGGCUGCUGAUGUUUUUUGAAAUCGCAAUAAAGACUGAGAACGGCCGGGCAGGAUGAGGAUUUCCUGACUGGGACAAACGAAGAAGGACAGAUCACCCGGCUUUUUUUUAUGAUAUUCCUCUCCGUGCGUUUAAUUUAUUCACCUCGAUGAUUCUCUUGACUGAUCUGGAAACUGUUAGAAGCGGCUGUGACAGCCUGGAAACAUUAGUAUGAUUUCCUGAGUUUGAGAUUUGCUGCUUCCCCCCCCCCCCCCCCUCCCGCCACCCCCAACCCCCCUCCUUCUCCAAACUCAGGAAAAGUCAAUACAAUCGCACUUCAUUUUUCCUUCAUGUGCUCUUGGAAGUCCUGGGAGCAGCAAGAGCAGCGGCGGCAGCAGCAAGAAUGAACUGCAAGGAGGAAAAUGACAACUGCACUGACGGGAGCAGGAGCAGCACCAAGAAGAUGCUGAAAUGCGUGGUGGUUGGGGAUGGUGCAGUUGGGAAAACCUGUUUGCUGAUGAGCUAUGCCAAUGACGCCUUCCCGGAGGAGUACGUCCCCACCGUGUUUGACCACUAUGCAGUAACCGUGACUGUGGGAGGACAACAACACUUGCUGGGGCUUUAUGACACUGCAGGGCAGGAGGACUACAACCAGCUGAGACCCCUGUCCUACCCCAACACAGACGUGUUCCUGAUCUGCUUCUCCGUGGUGAAUCCUGCCUCCUACCACAACGUGCAGGAGGAGUGGGUGCCCGAGCUGAAAGUCUGCAUGCCCAACGUGCCUUACGUCCUCAUAGGGACGCAGAUUGACCUCCGGGAUGAUCCCAAGACUUUGGCGCGGCUGCUUUACAUGAAGGAGAAACCACUCACCUAUGAGCACGGAGUGAAGCUGGCAAAGGAGAUCGGAGCCCAGUGCUAUCUGGAGUGCUCAGCACUCACACAGAAAGGCCUUAAGACUGUCUUUGACGAGGCAAUCAUGACCAUUUUCCACCCCAAGAAGAAGAAGAAGCGCUGUGCAAAGUGCCACAGAUGCUGCACCCUCGUGUGACGUGCCCUGGGAGGCAGAGCCAGCUGAGUUCAGUGAAACCAAGCAGGUUAGAAAGGCAAUGAAGGUCACACACAACUGAAACGGGGAACGUGACCAGAAAAGGGUCCUUCUUACCCAAAUAUAGGAGCUCUCCGUUCUGUGAAACCUCCCAGCUGUAUCACCCUUGGCCAUCUCCUGUCUCUGUGCUUUCCUAACCCUCCAGAGCUGUUUUGCAGCCUGUUCCCACUGCUGCAGACUGCACCAACAGAAACCAGGAUGCCUGCCUGGCUCCCCACCUUAGGAAUAAGGUGAACCUUGUCUUGUGACAAAACAAAGAGCUAAAGAUGGCAAAAGAAACAGGAGAAAUCCUUUUGUGGCCUUAAGGAAGAAUUGAUCAAAAUUUGGAAUUUGCAGUCCUUAGGAAUUGAAUCUGAAUUGACUGAAAGCGCAUGGAGAUCUGUAGAAAUCUAAUAUGUAAGAUAUACACUAUAGGUAGGACGUACUUUAAAAUUGCUUUUCUUUUAUAAGACUUGCUAAUUCAGGAGAUACUUUAGUUUGUUCAAACCACAUAGGAAGCAAAGGUGGAGUGAUUCCAGUUUGUUUUCACUUAAUGGUCAAACUUCACAGCAACAGGAUGUUUGCUGCACCUGAGCUAUCAAAAUGGAUCAACAUUUACCUCCAGACUUAAGGAAUGUUCUUACAACUAAAAAAAAAAAAUGCAAAUAACUGUAUUUUUACAGGGGAAUGUUCAGGCUGAGCCAUGUUUCCAUAAGCUUGGAAAGGAAGUACAGAGCUGUAGCAUUAAUGUACUGAAACAAAGAAAUUCUGCCACCAAAGAACAUUGCCCUAGACAUGAAAUAGCAGCAUGGAACAAUCUCUCUUCCAACUGAGAACAAGAACUAGACACAUUGCCAUGGCAACUGAGAAUUUACCUUAUAGAUCAGCUGGAUUUCUACAACUCACCCAACAGCCAAGAACAGGGAAAAAAAAGUGCCAAAGGUCAUACUAGCUUUAAGUGCUUUGAGGUGAUCCAAUUGCCUUAAAAUUAUCCUUUUUAAUGAAGUAUUUCUGUAAAAAUCCUCAUCAAAGUGGAGUUGUGAACUUGUUGACUUAUUGUAGCCUCCUUCCUCCCAUUCAUUUCUCCUCUCUCUGCUCCCAUUUUUCCACCUUCACAGAGAGUGCUGUUUCAGCUGCAGCGCAGCUGCAGUCCUCAGGAGUGGGUUUUUCCACCAGUGGCAGAUGAUGGGCUGCAGCCAACAGCAUGAAGAUGGGAAAUCCAGCCCACAGGGGAAGGGAAGCUCCUGUGAUCCCCCUUGCUGCUGGGGAAAAUGUGCCUUUUCACUGAAGCCUCUCCCAGGGCCCUGCAGCUUUGCACACCACAGCAACAUUCAGAGGUGAACGCCAAGCCUUAUUACUUGCAGCUGCCUCUGGGUACCCUGGCAGUGCCACGAGACUGUCUUGUCAUGGAUGUCGUUGCCCAAGCGGGAAAUCCCAGCACCAGCGCGCACAGAUUUGGAGAUGGAACUGCUCACAAAAACCGUGUCUGUAGCCAGCGUGUCCAGAGGCACCGGGAGGGAGCAAGUGACAGCAGUGCAUCCUCCCCGCCCGGGGACACGGGCCCCGCUCCCCUCUGCACCCACUCCACGAGGCUGGCAGCCCUCUCCUCUUGGGAAGCACAGAGUCCUGCCUGAGAACACGGCGGUCACUGGACACACCAGGGAGCUCCAGGGCUGGUGAUGCCCAGAGCGAUGGGGACUGCAGCGGGAACGGCUCCCGGGGCACGGGGAAGGGACCAGGCUCGGUGCAGUGCCCAGCCCUGCAUCGGGACCAGGCCUAGGGAUCUGAGCUCCUCCCUCAGCACAAAUUCUAUUUCAUACAGUCGUGGAAUGGUUUGGGUUGGAAGGGACCUCUAAGAUCAUCUAAUUCCCAUUUUACCAUGGACAGCGACAGAAACCAGUUCUGACACCCCAAAACAUUUCCGUGUAGAACUCAACGGUUCUCUCUGACAAAAGCCAUCAGACUCGAGGCAAAUGCUUUGCUCUUUUUUUACCCAUUUGGCUUCCAUUCACCGUCCCUUUCCCCUUGCACACAAACAUGGAUGUAAACACAGUUGUGCCAUACCUGAGACAGACAAGUUCUCCUCAUUGCUGGUGAUUUUUUGAGCAUAUUUUCUCAUAUUUUCUCAUAUUUUCUGUUCGGUUUUAUUGUGUCCCAGGCAUUGACUUCAGAUGGUCUGGCUGCUAAAGCCCAGCUCAGAGUGAGGUGCAGGGGUCCAUGCCAUGCCACAGAGUUUGUGUCCAUGCCCAGGCAGAGCAGAGAGCGUUCACCUCAACAGGACACUCUCUAUCAGCUCUGUAAAAAUAUAUUAGAGGAGUGUGAGGAGAACUAGUCAUGGAUUAAAUAAGUUAAUAUUUAGGCUUACAACAUGACUAGAAGUCCACUAAAGCAACAACAGCAACAAAGAGUCUUUAACAGAUUUCAAGGAAAUUAUAUCUGCACUGUGCUGCCUUUUACUUCAGUGGAAAUUAAUGAGGAUGAUUGUUUUAGCUCACGUAGGUUGCUGGAGAGUGAUGUAUGAGUCUCUGGUGGAAGAAGGUGAAGUGUGGUUUAGCUGAAGCACAAUGCAAAUGCUCAGGCUGGAGCUGCCUGGUUUUCUCAGAGCUUCAAAAACCGUAGAAAUAGAGGAAAUAGAAAAUGCAGAGUGACAGCUGAGCUCAUCCUAACGUAACGUGCCCACGGGAAAAGUGAGAUGGAGCACCCUGGCAUGCAUCAGGGAAAGCCACAAAUAAUCAAAGUGGUUUUUUGAGGGCCACUGAGUACCAGGGGUGAUUGUUAAUCUCAAUGGAACAGCAUAGGAUAGGCAGUAAAAUCAAAAAUCAGAUUAGAAGUUGUAGCAUUAACGUAACUGCAGUGGUUUGAGGGAAAUUAACUGCAAAACAUAUGGUGAUGGAGAAGCUAAAAUGCUGCUGUCCUAGUGUGUUAAACUGCAGCAUCCUGAACAAAUCCUUGCAUAGAGGAAGCAGACAGAAAACUGAUAAUAUAAAUACAAAAAAUGUUAAGGCUAAGCAGGGGUUUCUUUGCACUUACAAAAUGGAGCAUGUCAAGCUUGUGAGGCAGUAAAAUUUCAAGUUUUUCAAACUGAUUUUGACCAAAAUUUGAAUUCUGGGAGCUGCAAGAGAGGGGCAGUGAUCACAAUCCACUGAGAAAUGGCUCUGCACUCCAUUUAUUUUAAUUUUUCUUCCAGCAAAAAUAAAUGUCUUUUUGAAAAGCCAUGUUUAAUGCAGGUCCCAUAAAUAUGAUUCCUGUGUUAGGUUUCAAAACCAAGACAGUUGUGUACACACACCUGUCCAUGAAAUGUGGCAGUUUCUCAAGGAUCUGCCCUGUUGCACUAUUUUUUGGGGGAGGCAGGGACAGCUCAGGCCAAGAGGCUUUAGAAAGGAAUUGUAGGCAGAUGCAAGGAGAGUCAUUGACUAUCUGGCAAGUCAUACCUAAUGCCUUUUUUAAAAGCAGCAGAUGGUGUGUGAACAGGCAGUGAAGCUUAUUUUCAGAAAAACCACAACACCAGACAUAGUGCAAGUGCAGGCAUAAGGCCACAGAUACAAACUUCAAGUUAUUUUCAAGCACCAUUAGUAAUAAGGAAGGAAAAUCAAUAAAGGACUGCCAGGUGAAAGGAGAAGGGUUUACUCACUGUGAGAUGAGCUAGAAAUCAGAUCCCAAUUUCACCUUAAAAGGAGCACUGCUAAAGAGAGUCAUAAAGGUUAGAAACUAUCCCUGGAGCUUAUUUGACAAUAUCCCCUUAAUGCAGCUGAUGUCAAAGCCUUUCCUGACAGACCUGCCUUUGCUAAUAGUCUGCUGUCAUUUCAAAAGCACUCACAACUUAUAGGAAACAUGCUGGAUCCUGUAAAACCCAUCUCCUUUGGCCUCUUCUGAAACCUUCCUGCUCUACUAAGAGCUCUCAACCUGAAGCUGCAGUUUCAAACAGAGUUCCCAAAGCAUUUUCCUACAAACCCCUGCAAGGAGAUAUUAGAGGUAUUUGAGAGAGAUCUCGAUACAUCCGAGAGUUGCUAUCACAUUAAAACCACCUACAGGUGCCCUUCAGAGUUCUGUGCAAACACAGGACAGUGGAACUGGGACAGUCCUGCCACGUCCAGCAUGACUUGAAGGACGUCCCACAAAACCUCACAGUUUUUCCUGUGCCUCCCAGAGCUCUGAAAAGUUGGGGAGAAGACAGAAAGAAGGCUCCAACCCCACUCAGGUCGAUUCUCAUUUGUUCAAUUGGGUAUACACCCUGUGUAGGUACAGACCUCCCCCCAAGUCCAGUAUGGCAAUCAAAACAAUCAUUUCAGCAGCUGACGUUAAUAUUUCUCACCUUUUUUCUCUUUCAAAGCACUCAAAGCAGUCAAAAUAGACACAGAAUUAAAUAUAGCGCUGCAUCUUAAUACGAAAUAAAGUUAUUCCAAAUACUUUAAUUAAAGGGACAGAUUUUGGUAGUCCUCCUCAUACUGAAGAGAAUCUCACUUCUCCAAGUUGUUCAUGUCUCCUUCAAUCCCACUGGCACUGCUCUGGUCAUGAGGGAACCUGAUUGGUGACACAUCCUUGUAGUUUAAUUACCAGAAAGCCUCUUCCAGCUGCUCUUAGUGUUGGUGGCCUGUGCUCUUUCAAAUACCUUCAGGAAUGGUGCCUCAGUCACUUCCCUGGGCAGCCUCUCUCUCCCUUUAAUUCAUAUAUGAAAGGUGCCCACCUGCUUUUAUACCUUGUUUAGGGCCCGUGACCUUUUCCUCUGCCUUUUUUCCCCAAGUGACGCAGCAAAUACCUCUUGACGCACCGCACGGAAACCUCAUCUGGAUUAAAAAUAAUUUGCUGUGGCAUCGAUCUGUCUCAGGCCAGGAUCGUCUGAAAGCACAUUUGUCUUCUCCAGCAGAGCAAUCCAUGUGCUCACGUUGGCCUAGGGACCAUCUGUUAAACAAAGAGGUAGAAUGUAGGAAUCUGGCUGCACAUGCCUUUCUCCAUGUAUUUUCUUCUUCCCUGGGGAGGACCUGUAAUGUUGUUUUAUCCUACAUUAAGAAAAGGAAAAUCUGGAAAUAACAGAACGUUUUGUUGGUUCACAACUCUAUAGGACUGAAGGAGCAUCUGCUGUGACAGGAGGUGAGCAUGGAGUGACCCACGUCAGAUAACUUCUAGACACAUUUGAGCUCUUUGCAAAAAUGAAGACAAAUUUCCACUAUGAAUGUUUAUUUUACUCUUUGUGAAUAAAGACCAUCUGAAAGCAGGAAAAAGCCUCCCACUGAUUUCUGUAGUGGCUUGUGAUCUCAGCUGUCUUCACCUAUCAAAACAAAACAGGAAUAGAAAUAUUUUUGCAUCAAAAACGUCAGGACAAAAUCCCCAAUUAGAAGCCAUGAAUGCAACAGAAUCACUUCUGCUUCGGGGGAGAGCUGCAAAAUCACAGCCCAGAGGCACAGUCAGUUUGAUCCUCAACCUUAAAUUUCAUUUUAAGAUGUUAAGGGGAUGCCUAUAACUAGAACAACAAUGAAAAAUCUUCAAAUUCUCUUUUUUUUUGUUUCAGUUAAAGCUUUCAGAAACAUGGGACCAAAAAUAUGCUCUCUUGGGCAGUUCCAGGAACCACACCAUAACAGCAAAAAGAGUCGGAAGCUCAUCGUAAGGGGAAAAUGAGUUCAGAGACCAGAGCAACAAGCAAAUAAUCAUGUGAAUUGCUGCUAGUGGUGAAAAAUCUCUUUAACUUUGAAAAUAUGGAUCCCCAUCCCUUUCCAGAUUGUACAGACCAUAAUGCAGUCCUUGGCUCCUUCUAACGAUAAUGGUAGGGUGGGAUUUUCAAAGAUGUUCUAUGUUGGCUUCAUUUCAGUUCUCAUGAAGGCAAUGGAAAAUGUCAAUGGGGUCCACACAUGACGAAUGUGGAAAAUGUUGGAGAGUCUUUAUAUUUCCUCCUUUUCUGACCUUUUAUUCCAGCUGACCAAGCUUUGAGCGCACAGAUACACUGAGGCAGGUCCAAGAAUCUUUUCUACCUUCUGGCUGCUGGUUAAGGACUCCUGAAAGGAGUUGGGGCAUCCAAAGACUUUGCUGAUCUCACCUUUGGAGGCUGGAUCUGAUGCACCUCACUACUGAGCUGAAGAUGAAAGUGGUUAUAUUAACAGUGUAAUAUUCAAGACAUAUGGUUAUCUUUACUUAAAAACCCUAAACUCUGCUGUCACUUUAUUUCAUCUCAUCCCAUUCAGGACACCAGGUUUGAUGUGGUUUUGGUGAAGAUCAGUUUGAACUCUCACUGACAGCAACUCUGGUGAUUUUUUACUUUGAUUGGAGGUUAAUGAAUUCAGAGUAAACAGUUGUCACCAGUCUACAGUUUCCAGAUCUUCCAACACAUUUGUUUGCAUUGAUAACAUGUAGAAAAAUUUGUCUGAUGCUUGUCAAAGUCGUUUGUGGGUAAAUCACAUCCAGAGGGUGGCUAUCAAGUCGUCUCUCUCAGUAUUUUCCGCUAAAAAGGCAGCUGCUCUAACUGCAUCACAGACCUGGCAGGCAUUGAACUGUUCUGUCAGCAUGGAGCAAAUGAGCCCAAACUCUCCCCAAGCUCGUAAAUAUUAAUUCACUAAUGAGCAUUAACAAAAAGCUAUGUGAGAGGGGAGAGACACUGACAAAGUCUUCUUCACUCCUGAGCAGAGGUGACCCAAGCCCAGGGUGCCAGGUGGGAAAUGCUACAGAGGAAGAUGUGGUGUCAUGGCCCUGAUGCCUCAAAAAAUAUGGAUUGAGGGUGAUGAAUGGGCUGGGAGGUGCCUCUGUGGAGUCACAGUCGGGUACCUGGGGCUGAGGACUUCAAAGAAGGCUGCAGAGAGGAGCAGGGAGAUGGAAUGCGACAAUAACUGAAUCCAGUUUAAUGUGUCACGAUGGUGAUGCACUUCCACAAAUACAAGAAUUUCACUGCACAGAGAUUCUCUACUCCCCUGAGAACACAAAGACAAGGACGUUUCAUUUCUUUCUUUUUGUGCUUACCUGAUAGUAAUACUUAAAAUUAUUCUUUAAGAAACGCUUAAAACUAACAGCUCAACAAGUUAUUCUGAUUGAGUUUGUGAAGCAGAAGCAAUGACCUCAACGCAAAUCAGGACCUAACUCGCCACCAGUCAGGUGUGAGCUAGUUAGGAGAAAGAGCCACUUACCUGAUGUGAGCAACUGAUUUUUUCUCUCUUAAAAGUUGCUGUGUGCAAUAUUGCUGGAAUAUGGGGCUGGUGAAACUAAAGGAUGGGCACUAAAACAAUAUGUGUGACUUUUGAGUGGCAUGCCUUUUUCUCAAAGCUUAACCAAAUCUUCAGAGUUCAAAGCAAAACAAUUUCAAACCAAGGAAAAUCAGUUUUCAAGCAAAUGCGUUCUGCAUCGUUUAAAAAUCAUGUAAACACUAUUAAUUUCCUAUUUACAGCACAUAAUUCUGUACUCUUUUGUUUAUCAUCUUUUAAACAUGUAAUUACUGUAUAUUGUAAUGCACAUUAAUAUCGUGUAUUGUACAUAGUUUAUUUUA